AUGAAUAAUAUCAACUUUAUUAAUAAUUUUAUUUCUAAUCAUCGAAAAAAGCCAGAAAAAACUAUAUGCUUAAAUCAAAUACCAACAAAUAGAUCAUAUCGGUUAGAAAGUAAUGGUUUAAAUAUUCAAACAAUGACAUCUUCGAAAAAUCUUGUUAAUACAAAAACAUCACCAAUAACAUCUGUGUCACUGGCUGUAUGUGAUCGUCAACAUACUGAUGAAACAAAUGCAGAAAAACUCUUUGCUAAUAUAGUUUUAUUUUGUCAACAAAACAAUACAAAUUUUGUUGAUGAUCAAUUUCCUCCAAUAUCUCGUUCUAUUGGUCAUAUUGAUUCAAUUAUUAAUCAUCCAUUAAAAUGGUUAAGAAUUUCUGAAAUAUCUCCAUUAUCAGCAUCAGAUCUUUGUUUACAAUGGUCAGUUUAUUCCUCACCAAAACCAAGUGAUAUUCAACAAGGUGCUCUUGGUGAUUGUUGGCUUAUGGCUGCAUUAGCUUUAAUUACUGAACGACCUCAAAUGCUUGAACAUAUACUAUUGACAAAAACAAUUAAUGAUCAAGGUGUUUAUCUUGUACGUAUUUGUCAUAAUGGUUUAUGGAAAACAGUUAUUGUUGAUGAUUGUUUUCCAUGUACACAAUAUAAUCAACUUGCAUUUACACAAGCACAUCGUCGUCAAUUAUAUGUACCAAUUAUUGAAAAAGCAUGUGCAAAAUUAUUUGGUUCCUAUGCUGAUUUAAUAAGUGGACAAACAGAAGAAGGUCUUCAAUUAUUAACUGGUGCACCAUGUGAUCAUAUUGAUCUGAAUCCAUUCAAUAAUAUAUUAGAUAGUGAGAUUGCUUGGGCGAAGCUUUUAUCGGCUUGUGAAUCUCAUUUAUUAAUUAGUGCAUCAACUGGUCGUUCAGAUGUUAGUGUGGAAGAAUAUACUCGAAAUAAUAUUCCGAAUAAUCAUGCAUUUUCUGUACUUACAGCACAUUCAAUAUCAAAUAUCUCAAUACAAUUUGUAUUAGUUCGAGAUCCACAUGCUCGUUCAAAUUAUAUAGAUGAAUUUAUAACACCAUAUAUUCUUAAUGAAUUAAAUAAUGUUAAUAGAAAUAAUGUAUCACCAGGUGCUUUUUGGAUUUCUUGGCCAAAAUUUCUUCGUUUUUUUACUUCAAUUACGAUAUCUGCUUAUGUAAAUGAUUAUUAUGAUAUACGUGAAGUAAAUCAUUUUACACGAUCAUCUACACAAUUAAUUCCAACAUUUCAAUUUCAUUUAUCAAAAACAUCAUUAGUUAAUCUUAGUUUAUUAUAUCAUCGUCCAAAUCGUCGACUAAGAAAUUAUCAUACACAAUCAUUUGUAUUGUGUAACGUUGAACAAGGAGCAUCAAAAGAUGUUGGAACAAGACAAGCUAUAUUAUGUACAAGUCGUGGAGCAUUUACUCAUUGGAUUGGUUCAUUAAGACCUGGUUUUUAUGUUCUUAUACCAUUUUCAACUAGUUUUUGGAACGAUGAUAAUCAAUCUAUUCAAGAUUAUACUCUAGUCAUGCAUUCAAAAAUUCAAAUAAAUGCUCAAGUUACACAUGAACCAGCAACACUUUUAACUGAUUGUUUAAUUGCUACGGUUUUAAAAAAUAAUAUUCAACCACAAAAGGGAAAAGAUUGUAAUUAUUAUGUAACAACAAAAGAAUAUGAUUUUACAAUGUUUAUUGCUGAAAAUUUAUCAACAACAGAUUUUUUAAAUCUUGAAAUGGAUUUAAAUGAUAGUAGAUAUAUUCGUAAUUCACGUAAAUCAUUAUCAACAUAUGAUUGUAUACCACCACGUCAUAGACAAAUUGUUUUUCUUAUUGAAUGGACUAAUGAAGAAGGACAAAGAGCAAGAAUGGAUUAUUUAUAUAGAUCUCAAUAUGUUAAACAUGCAAAUCAUUCAAUACCAGAAAUCUAUAAUAAGCAAAAUGAUUUUCAUUCUUUUAGACCAUUUUAA